AUGAAGGACACCACGGAGACGGAGAGGAAGGAAGGAGUGGAGAGGAAGGAGUGGAGGGAGGGAGCCGAACAUGAAAAUAUAUAUUCUGGAAAUUUUGCAAUUUACAGUCCAAGCGACUCAGAACCCUGGCAUAACCUUGGGGUCGUCCGAAUAGGACUGCAGAAGUUGGGGCCCGCAGAAGAAAGCUUUCUAGAGGCUCUUCGACACCGCAGGAUGUUUCCUAACUGUCUAUUUAACCUGGGCAAUUUGUACAAGUACCUGGGUCGCCAUACAGAGGCCAUCGCGGCAUGGCGGAAUGUUACACAAAUCAGUCCUACAUACACCGGGGCCUGGAAACACACUGUGAUGCUUCUGCAGGAUCUGGGAAAAUAUGACCGUGCUAUUGUGGUUGGUAAAGAAGCUCUAAAGUUUCUCCCUGACGAAGCCGACUUGCUGAUUAAUCUUGCAAGCGUGUACACGAAGGCAGAGAGGUACGAGGAAGGUGAACACCUGUUGCAGACUGCCAUUAAGAGACACCUGCAUCCGCUUCUACAUCACAGUCUAGGCAUGUUAUAUUACCGAUGGGGAAAGAAUGAGAAAGCAAUGACAACCCUUCUAAGGGCAAAGCAACUAUCGCCAAGUGACCCUCUUAUCCUCAAGGACCUGCAGAUGCUUAAUGAAGAAAUAGGGGAAAGCUAAAAAUAACUUCUACAUGGAUCAUAUUUGUAUCUUAUGUCGUGUGAGAGCAUUAGUCGCUGUCACAGAUCGGGAAGGUAUCAUCUACCUGAGCAGAAAAGUAAACAGAGGAUGGCAGAUACUGGCGUGAUGUAAAGAAGAUCAAAGUGUGCGUAAUAUACAGUAACCCACGGUUACAACGAACUCAGGGACCAGUUUUGUUCGUUAUUACCAUAGUUCGUGAUACACGUGUUGAUAAUUACAGAUAAUUACAGAGGAAUUUCUCUUAUAGAUUCUACAUGUAAGGUUUUUAUGUCUAUUCUUAACCGUCGCCUUCAGUGGUAGUUUAAAGAUCAUAAUAUUAUUAGUAAAUCGCAGGCUGUUUUUAGAGCUGAUUAUUCUACAAUUGAUCAUAUAUUUUCUUUACAGUCUUUAGUUUAAAAAGAUAUUGGUAAAAAAGGGGGUAGAUUAUAUGGUCUGAUUGUGGAUUUUACCAAAGCCUUUGAUGCCUUAAGGCAUGAUGUACUUAUAAAAUCACUUGCAGAAGUUGGUAUAAGGGGUAAAUUUCUAAAGUUGUUAACAUCUAUGUACAGUUCUCUGUCUGCUUCAGUUAGGACAUCUAGUGGCUUAUCAGGUAGUUUCUCUUGUAAUAUUGGCAUCCGUCAAGGAUGUGUAUUGAGUCCACAAACAUUUAUUAUUUUUAUCAAUAAGUUUUGUUGUCUUUUAGACAGAGAUGGUGGCCAGGGUAUUCCAGUUUCAUCUUCCAUUAGCAAUCUUUGUUCUCUCAUGUUUGCUGAUGAUGCGUCAGCUGUUGCUGAUAUUUGUGUGCAGCUUCAGAGGAAGAUUGAUGUUCUUAAAAGGUUUUGUGAUCAGACAGGUAUGAAAGUCAAUUUGAAGAAGACAAAGAUUAUUGUGUUUAGAAAUGGUGGUCCUCUGCGUUCAUAUGAGAAAUGGUUUUA